AUGUCCGACGAGACGUCGGCCACCACUUCCUAUGAGAAGUUUCUAACCCCAGAGGAACCCUUCCCGCUCCUAGGAGCCCCUCGCGGGGUGGGCACCUGCUCCAGCGAGGAAUCCGGCUGCCUGGACAUCAGCGACUUCGGCUGCCAGCUCUCCUCCUGCCAUCGCACGGAUCCGCUCCACCGGUUUCACACCAACAGGUGGAACCUCACUUCUUGUGGUACAAGUGUUGCCAGCUCAGAAUGUAGCGAGGAGCUGUUCUCAUCAGUUUCUGUCGGAGAUCAAGAUGAUUGCUAUUCCCUGUUAGAUGAUCAAGACUUCACUUCUUUUGACUUAUUCCCCGAGGGAAGUGUCUGCAGUGAUGUCUCCUCUUCUAUCAGCACGUACUGGGAUUGGUCAGAUAGUGAAUUUGAGUGGCAGUUACCAGGCAGUGACAUUGCCAGUGGAAGUGAUGUACUUUCUGACGUCAUACCCAGUAUUCCAAGUUCACCUUGCCUUCUUUCUAAAAAGAAAAACAAACACCGGAAUCUAGAUGAACUUGCUUGGAGUGCGAUGACAAAUGAUGAGCAGGUAGAAUAUAUUGAGUAUUUGAGCCGUAAAGUGAGUACUGAGAUGGGCCUUCGGGAGCAGCUUGAUAUUAUUAAAAUCAUCGAUCCCUCUGCUCAGAUCUCUCCUACUGACAGUGAGUUCAUUAUUGAACUUAACUGUCUCACAGAUGAAAAACUAAAACAGGUCAGAAACUACAUCAAGGAGCAUAGCCCUCGCCAGCGGCCUACAAGAGAGGCCUGGAAACGAAGCAACUUUAGCUGUGCAAGCACCAGUGGAGUGAGUGGGGCCAGUGCCAGCGCCAGCAGCAGCAGUGCCAGCAUGGUCAGUUCUGCAAGCAGCAGUGGGUCCAGUGUUGGAAACUCUGCUUCAAACUCCAGUGCCAACAUGAGUCGAGCACACAGUGACAGCAACCUGUCUGCAAGUGCAGCAGAGCGGAUUCGGGAUUCAAAAAAACGAUCCAAGCAGCGGAAGUUACAGCAGAAAGCCUUCCGCAAGAGGCAGCUGAAGGAGCAGAGGCAGGCCCGGAAGGAGAGGCUCAGUGGGCUCUUCCUUAAUGAAGAGGUGCUCUCCUUGAAAGUGACUGAGGAAGACCAUGAAGCAGAUGUUGAUGUUUUGAUGUAAUAGGGUGAAUUGAUCCGAAUUCUUUCCAAGCAUUAUUCUCUCAUUAGUUUACACGCAUCUUGACCAACGUUUUGGUUAGGGUUGUGCUGAUGUACCAUUAAUAAUUUAGGCCAGUGAUUCUCAAAGAGUAAACCCAGUACCCGCAGCUUUCAGCAUCACCUGAAAAGAUGUUAGAAUUGUGUUUGGGCCCCAUUCCAGACCUACAGGCAGUAAGGAUCUGGAGCAGCACUGUGUUUUAACCUAUGCCAGGUUAUUCUCAUUUAAGGACCACUGGUAAACAUUUUAACUACUUUAACUUUAUGGGGGUUAACUGAGCUUUUGAAAGUUUGGUGAGAAGUAGUUUAUUUUGUCAAUAUAUGUGUAGAGUCUGUACUCCAGUUCCCGUCUUAAUGAUAAGAGCUUUUAGUUUAUUUUUUCAAGAAGGCCAUAGUAUAAUUCUCAAUUCCUAGGGACAAAUCUUUUUUGAGGUAAGGUUGCACAUGAGGUAUGCAUUACUGUUUACAAUAGUGCCUUCAUUAGGUUUAGUUCCGGUUUCAUUAAUGAUUAAUGCAAAGGUAUAAAAAAAGCCCUAAUCUUUUCCAAUUAGAUAAUUUUUUUUGUUUUUCUCUGUGUCAGGUGAGAAUCAUUUCUGCACAUGAUAACUACUGAGAAAAUAAUAUUACAUUAGUGAAAUUUUAGACUUAAUACUGUGUUAAUUUUCAAGUGGAGAUUCCAGUUAGGCAAUGAUACCAAUCAAAUUUUCCUACUGUAUCCUUAAAUUUUAGGCUAUCAAAUAAUCUUCAAACUAGAACAUUUAUCUAUCAAUUUUUAAUGUAACAUAUCUCCAAUUUUAUGUUUGUUAUGUGAUCAGGUUAAUGUUCCAGAUUAACUGACAGCCCACUUAGAGUUCUACCAGACUUCAGAAACUUCUAUGAGUAUACAAAGCAGUGUGGUCCCCAAACAUUGUUGGGUCCUAAUAGGACCCUAAGUCUAAAGGUGAAACCAUGGAGUUUAUUUAAUCAUAUUUUCGAAGAAUUCAUUAUCAUGAACAUAGAAAUAGUCUGAUUCCUUUUCUUCUUCUACAUGUCUUUGAACAUUCACAUAGAAGAUACAAACUCAGACUACUGACAAUCAACUUGCUUUCUGACCUUCAUGAUUUUCAUUUGUAUUAGAGCAUUUAGAAGGCAAACUGAUUGUGUAAUCUUUGAAAAAGACUAUGGAGUUCAGAAAUUAAUAGGGUUUUAACAACAUUUAACUUUAGUUCUUCAAAAAGAGUAACAACUUCAAUUCUUAAUUUUCAAUUAAUAAAAAGGCUUAUAUUUUACUAAAUUAAAAGUGAAAAUUUAAUCAUAGUAUGUUGGCACACUUGUUUAAUUCUAGCACUCAGGAGGCUGAGGAGAGAGUUGUUAGUUGAAAGCCAACUUGGGCUACAUAAUGCUACUAAAAUUUUACAUGCAUUAAAUUUUUUAAUUUAAUUUUGUUUCUUUGAAGAUUAAAGAAUUGAAACUGAGGGUAAAAAUUAGUACCUUGCAGCAUUGCUGAAUUCUUUCGAUUGCCUGUAACUUUUGAAUGCCUACUAAGAUCAGAAUUUAAAACGGUACUAAAAUAAAAAUAUGAAUAUGUGUGCUUUCAGUUAAAAUAGUAUUUCUGACUUUCUUCCUACCUAGUUUGGUACUCCUGCCUAGUUUAGAGGGACCAAAGAGAUCUUGGGGUCAGACCCUCAAAUACUUGAUGAAAAGUGUAUUCCGUUUUCCCUUCCAAGUGCAGAAACAGAAAAACAAGAGAAGCAAAUACAUCUAAACUCUCUGCUUUCUUUAGCAGUAGCAAAAUCCUGCAGAGGAAGUAUCUGCACGUUCUUCCUGUUCUCUAAAGAAGAUGGGCUGCAUUGAGAUAUAGGGCAACAUUUAUCCAUCACCCACUUGAAAACUAUUUAUUUGUUGAUGCUCAGUAAAAGAAAAUCCAAAACUGGUUCAGGAUAUAAUUUAAGACCAGUCUUCUCCUCUCUCCCAAAUCAUUUAAUCUUCUUAUCUUAGAUUUAACUUAAAUCACUGUUUAAUACAUUUACCAAAGUGCCAUGUGCAGAUUUUUAAUGUCUAUAAAGGUUUGACUAUUUAUAGAAGUGUGUUGUGAAAUUUUCUUUAAGUUCAGAUUCACUCUUUAUGUUAGAACUGGAAUAUAAAGUCAAUUUGGAGGAGAAUGAAAAUACUACUUUCAUUUAAAAGACAAGUUCUAGAACUACUAGAUUUGUUUGUGGUGUAAGAGAGGGGGAGAGAGAGAGAGAGAUUAAACUCUUUCUUUUUCCUUGCAAAAGCAGAUUUCUAGAUUUUACAAGUAGAAUCUAGAUUUCUUUUACAAGUAGAAUCUAGAUUUAUCACAGAAAGAUGAAAGUUUCUCCUGUCUUUUUUUUUUUUUAAUGUGCUGUGGUCUGUUAUCAGUUAAGAUGUGUCAUCUAGAUAAUUCAGAGAGAAUUAUGGAAAUAACCAGUAAUUUAUUAAAUCUAGUAUCUAUGUGGCAUUUUUAAAACAACUUUCAGUCAGUAUCUUUUUUUUUCCUUUUUAGUGGAAAACCUACUUAAUCAGUUAAUUAAAAGGAAAAUCAGGGAAAUGCAAGUCAAAAGUGUUGUGAUUCUAUGUUACUCCAGUCACAAUGGCUAUCAUCAAGAAAACCAAAAGCAAACAGCUGUUAGGAAGAAACCUGUAUAUAAUGUUGGUGAUAGUAUAAACUGGCUGUACCAGUGGAAAUCAGUAUGGGAGUUCUCAUUUUUAAAACGUACAAAUGAAGCUAUCUUAUGAUCAAGCUAUACCAUCUCUGGGUGUAUGCUCACCAUAAAUGAACUCACCAUAUGACAGGUGUAUGUGUACUUCGAUGUUUAUCACAGUACUCUUCUCAAUAGCCAAUAAAUGGAUGCCCAACAGCAAAUGGAUAGAUAAAGAAAAUGUGAUAUAUACUCUAUUAUAUACAUAUAAUAGAGUUGUAUUCAGCUAUAAAGAAGACUGGAAUAAUGUGUCUUGCAAGAAAAUGGUUGAAACUAUAUAAAGAUCAUCAUGUUAAGCAAAGCAAGCCAGAGCAAAACACAAACAUUGCCUUUUUCUUUUACAAGUGAAAUCUAGAUUUAAUAAAAUGCAAGACAUGAAACUAGAAGCGGCCACUAUUUGGGAAGAUGAAAGGCUCUAGUGAAAAAGAGAAAAGGAGAACAAAAUGGCGGGUGAUUAUGAUUGAAGUAGAUUAUGAAUAUAUGUGGAUAAAUAAGUGAAUGAAUGAGAAGUCUAUAAUUUGUUCCAUUGUUGGCUAUCAUCUGUACAGAACUGACGGUGCAAUGAAUAAGUCUCCUCUUUAUAGAUUUAUUCAGACUUUUUAUUAGAUCUUAUAAGAGUAUGUUGGUCCUUACUACAGCUUUUAAAAGUGUGAACAAGGAGUUAAACAAAAUGGCAUGUAUUUUUAUACCGUUUUGCAAAGGAUUAAAGGAAGGUGUUGUUUUAGAAUGUAGUAGGUCAUAAAGGGCUAGUUCAUUCUAUCUGACCAAGAACAUCAAGUAAAAUGACACUUUUUCUUCAUUCUUUGGUAGACAUUGGCAGUUUCGCUGAGUUGUUCUGUUGGUUGGUUAAGUUAGAUAUUGCUGAAUUAAAUCCCAGAAACUGACUUAUAAAAUAAUGAUGUAUAGUGUAGUUUUAGACAGCUCAUUUAUUUUAGCUGUUAAAUGUUGCAAAUUCCCACAAAAAAGAAAAAUUAUAUGAAACUAUUGUAUAAAGGUAUCCAGAUUCUGAUGAGUUUUAAAAAUUAUAAGAUAUAUCGUAUAUCUUCAUGUUUUAAACUCUAAAGAAUUCUUGUUUGUUUUCGGUUCUCUUAGCAGAUUUUUUGCUCAUGGCUUCUCUGUAGCCUCACGUGCCUUAAAGGUAGUGAAUUGUGUCAUUUUCAUCAAUAUCAGGCUUUCUCAAAAACCAAACAAUCAGAAUAUUAUAAUUUGAUUUCAUAUAAUGCUCAUGGUUUUUGGAUAUUAGUAACUUAUUAAUCAAUAGUAAUAGAGUAUAAAACAAAGUAAAAUCCUUCUGAUAUUAGAUUCAUUUGCUUAAAACUAGUUUUGAUCCACCAGUUAUUGAAGAGCCUUGAAUUUAUGUAAAGUUUUGGUUAAUGUAUUGUUUUAUCCACUGGGAAAAAGGUCUGAAGCCAGGAUAUUUUCUACUUCCCUCUUUUUAAAAUUUAUUUUUUAUUUAUUUUUAUUUUUUGAGAUAGGAUCUCCUUAUAUACUUCAAGCUAGUCUUGAAUUGCUAUGUUGUGCAGGCUGGUCUGGAACUGUAAUCCUUUCCCCUUAGAGUCACUGGUGUUUGGGACCCAGACAUGCCUGGGGAAGAUACCUUUUUAAACUACGUAAGUUUUAUCAGGAAAUAUAACUUUUAGGGUCUAGACAAAAACACUUGAAGAACCAAGUGUUCUUCCAGUAACUUUAGGAUUCUUUGGAUUCAUUUUUGUAAUUUACUGGGUGCCCUAUCUUCUUUCCUUUACCAAAUUACCUUUUAGCACUCUGUCUUCAAGAAGUCUUCUUUGGUAUUGAUGGAGGAUGAAGUCUGUUUGGGUUAGGUAAUAGCAUAGUUCUUUUGUGUUUCAAUAGUAGUGUUGAUGUUGAAUGCACUGAUGAUCAACAUAUUUAAAUUAGAGAUAAAUCCUAUCUUGAAAAGGACUAUUAGGAAAUAAAUACUUGAGCAAAAAUCUAGCUUUGCAGUAGAUUUAAGCUUGAUAGAAUAAGAUAAAUUUUAUCUCAAAUUUGGACACUAUUAAAUGAGUAAGAAGCCUUUGAGGUAUUUUGUGCUAGGCAUUUCUGUCAGUACAGUGUUUGGAGCACAGUCCUUGGAAUAUUUAAAUUUGCUCUCUGAAAAAUAAGUUACUAUCUCUAUGAGGCCUAUAAGGAACUCUGACAAUUUCCGUAGCUGGCUGUAAAGACUAAGGCAGCUGCAUGGCAUAGCUCAAGAUCCAAGUUGGCUUACUACAAUUAAAUUUGUAUUUCUUCAGUACUGAAACUUGUUUGCAGCUCCCUGCACACCUAUUUUUUGAAUAGAGGUUACUGAUGUUGUGACCUAGACCAGGCAAUGGCAAAUUUCAUUUUAAUUUGGCUUUCAUGCCGAACUCAGAAAAAAACAGUGUGGUCUUUUUUAUUUCAAUAUGUAGUAGUUUUUCUUUAUUGUCAGAUUUCUUCAGUUACAUCUUUGUGGUGAAUGCAACCUAUGGAAAUCUGUGUUCUUUUUUUGUGGUGAUGGCUAGGAUGGAAAAGGGAAGAAUUGCUUAAUUAAUGCUUAUCUGUUUUGACUGUGUCAAGGUGAUUGUAGCAUUAACAGCUGAGAAGUACAUCCUUGAGAUGCUGAAUUGUUCAGAAAAAACAGCUGUGGCUUGUUCUGUAAAGUUGCUUGUUCUUUAACUGAAGCUGACUUCUUGGGUUUACAUUGAGAUUUCAAGGCUUUUGGAAAACGGAGCUGAUGGUGUCUCAUCCUGUAGUAGGUGAAUUUAAUUUCCUGCUUGAGUGCACUAGUUUAGUUUUGUAAAAAUCACCAGUCUUUGUGUUGACAAUUUAAUAGGACCUUUAUCAAAAGAAAUUAACAAUAAACCCAAAUACAUGCAAAAAAAAAAUCUCUCAAGUGGUUAAGAGUUGUAAAUUGUGGUACUCCCCCUCCCCUUCUUUUCAAAAAUUAGUUAUGUAGCAUCAAUAUAACCAAAGCAAGUAGGGAGUUUACUGGUUUGGAGAAUCUACAAGUAGUCUUAAAUAUUGUAAAGUAUCAGAUUGUUAAUCAGGACAUUUUUCUGUAUUCCUGUGAAAUGUAUUCUAUAUUGAUGCACUUUUGUAUAGAUGACAGUCUUCUGUACAUUCUGUACUUACUGCAUAGUGUAUAUAAAACCUGGCUUUUCUUGAAGCUGUGUGAGGGAAUUAACUAUAGUUAUAACACAAUUGGUUUCUAUUUUGAGUUUCUUGCACGUGAAAAUAUUUUAGCAGUUAUAUCUAAAUGAGUUUUAUGAUUGUAACUAAAGCUGGCUAUGUGGCAGAGCUGUUUUUUUAAUGCAAUAUUAGAAUAAAAAGAGUCAUUUUAAUUAUUGAGAAUUGAGGUACUCAUACUAAUUAAGUAUCUCUUUUAAAAAUCUCACUGAUGUUUGCUGCUAUAUACUCUGAAUCAGCUCCUUUCAAAGCUCCAUUCCGGAAUAUUCACUAUUAAAAGUAAAUUGCCCUUUUCUUUGGUUCAGAGUUCGAUUACACUCUCUAAACUUGUUUUAUGAGAGUCUCAUCCCCACCCCCAAUCAUGAGCAAAACAUUUUAUCCGAAAAGAUCAGAUUUCUAGAGAAAGUAUCAUUCACACAGUAAGUGAAAAUUAGGUUGAAAUUUCUGUUGACAAAAAACAAAUUAUCUAUUUUCUUUAUAUAUUGCUGUAGAAUCUUUUUUUAAAUUUGUUAUUAUUAUCAUUUAUUACAAUUUAUUCACCUUGUAUCCCAGCUGUGGCCCCCUCCCUCAUCUCCUCCCAAUCCCAUGCUCUCUCCCUCUACUUCCCCUAUGCACCCCCCCAUUCCACUGAUAGGUGAGGUCUUCUGCCCUUCUAUUUGACCCUAGCCUAUCAGGUCUCCUCAGGACUGGCUGCAUUGUCUUCCUCUGUGGCCUGACAAGGGUGCACCCCCCAAGGGGGAAGUGAUCAGAGAGCCUGCCACUGAGUUCAUGCCAUAGAAAGCCCUUGCUCCUCUUAUUAGGGACCCCACUUGGAGACUGAGCCUAUGGGCUACGUCUGAGCCAAGGUUUUAGGCCCUCCAUGCAUGUUCCUUGGUUGGGGUAUCAUUCUCCUCAGGGCUCCCAGGGCUCAGUUUUUUUGGAUCUGUUGCUCUCCUUGUGAAGCUCCUGUCCCCUCCAGGUCUUUCUAUCUCCCCCUUCUUUCAUAAGAUUCCCUGCACUCUGCCCAAAGUUUGGCUCUGAGUCUCAGCCUCUGCUUCAAUACCUCAGUCAAUAGAGUCUUUCAUAAGCCCUCUGUGCUAGUCUCCUAUCCUGUUUCUUGUCUUCUCCUGCUUCCACUAUCUAUCGCAUUUGUCCUUCUGAAUGAGGAUUGAGCAUCUUCCCUAGGUUCUUCCUUGUUGUUUAGCUUCCUUACAAGUAUAGAUUUUAGUAUGUUUAUCCAAUAUUGUAUGGCUAAUAUCCACUUAUAAGUGAAUAUAUACCAUGUGUGUCUUUCUGCUUCUGGGUUACUCAAGAUGAUCUUUUUCUAAUUCCUACCAUUUGCCUGCAAAUUUCAUGAUUUUCUUGUUUUUAAUUGCUGAGUAGUGUCCCAUUAUGUAAAUGUACCACAAUUUCAGUUGAGGAAGAACUGGGUAGUUUUCCAAACUCUGGCUAUUACAAAUAAAGAUGCUACAAACAUGGUUAAGCAAAUGUCCUUGCUGUAUAGCUGAGCAUACUUUGGAUAUAUGCCUAGGAGUGGUAUAGCUGGAUCUUGAGCUAGCACUAUUCCUAGUCUGAAAAAGCUCCAGAUUGAUUUCCAAAGUGGUUGUACAAGGUUACAUUUCCACCAGAAAUGGAGGAGAGUUCCCCUUUCUUCACAUACUCUCCAGCAUGGGUUAUCACUUGAGUUUUUUAUCUUAGCCAUUCUGAUGGGUGUAAAGUGAAAUCUCAGGGUCAUUUUGACUUGCAUCUCCCUGAUGACUAAGGAUGUUGAACAUUUCUUUAAAUGUUUCUCUGCCAUUCAGUAUUUCUCUAUUGAGAAUUCUCUGUUUAGCUCUCUACCCCAUUUUUAAUUGGAUUACUUUGUUUGUAGGUGUUUAACUUCUUGAGUUCUUUACAUAUUCUGGAUAUUAGCCCUCUGUCAGAUACAGGUUUGGUGAAGAUCCUUUCCCACCCUGUAGGCUGUUGGUUUGUUCUGAUGACAGUGUCCUUUGCUUUACAGAAUCUUUUCAGUUUCAUGAAGUCCCAUUUAUUGAUUGUUGAUCUUAGAGCCUGUGCUGUUGAUGUUCUGUUAUUGGCUGUAGAAUCUUUUAAAGUUCAGUUUCAAGAAAAGAAAUGUCUGAUCAGUUGUAUGUAUAGAUUCAGGUGCCAUUCUGGGUUGUGUGUGUGUGUGUGUGUGUGUGUGUGUGUGUUUAAGGUUUUUGGUUUGGGAUCUUUGGUCUUGGGUUUUGUUUUUGUUUGUUUGUUUGGUUGGUUUUGGUUUUAUUUUUCUUUAUUGCAGUUUAUUCACUUCAUAUCCCAACUGUAGUCCCCUCCCCAAUCCUUUCCUCCCUCCCUCUUCCCCUCCCCUCCUCCUCCCCGAGUCUACUAGUAGAGGAAGUCCUCCUCCCCUUCCCUCUGAUCCUAGUCUAUCAGGUCUCAUCAGGAGUGGCUGCAUUGUCUUCCUCUGUGGCCUGGUAAGGCUGCCCCCCUCCUCAGGGGGAGGUGAACAAAGAGCUGGCAACUAGUUCAUGUCAGAGAUAGCCCUUACAAGGGAACCCACUUCGACACUGAGCUGCCAUGGGCUACAUCUGUGCAGGGGUUCUAGGUUAUCUCCAUGUAUGGUCCUUGGUUGGAGUAUCAGUCUCUGCAGACUGCCCCCCCCCACACACACACACACUGGGCCCAGAUUUUUGGUUCUGUUGUUCUCCUUGUGGUGCUCCUGUUGCCUCCAGGUCUUUCUAUGCUCAAUCCUCAUUCAGAAAGGCAAAUGGGAAAGACAUCAGAAGAGGGAGAGAACAGUGAGCAGGACAGGAGCCUGAAACAGAGGGACUCUGAAAGAUUCUACCCAGCAGGGUGUUGAAGUAGAUGCUGACACUUGUUUGUUUUUAACCAACAGUGUUUUCUCUUGACACUUAUCUCCUUUGGAAAAAUCUUAAGCUUUUUGUUUGUUUGUUUGUUUGUUUCAUAUAUUGUCAUAGACUUAGUCUCAAAAUGUUUUUUGUUAGUAAAUAUGUUAAUUUUUAGUCAAGUAGAUUAAUUAAGCUUGUCUAAUGAAGAAGGCAGUCAUGUUCUUGUUGUCUGUAAUUUUCCAUUUUUAAUAAAUGUGAGUUAGAUACUAAGUAAAAUA